AAGGAUCCACCAUCUGCCAAGCGAUCUCGUUCUUGCAUCGCAGAUAGCUCGAUUUGGAGUCCUGGACACGAUCAUGAUUGUUGCGAGUUAGGGUUUCAUCCUGAACAUUGCAUGCCUGAGGCUCCAUAUCGAGACGGAAGAAACGAUCGGAGCACGUUCCUCCAGCGUGUGGUGCACGCAGCCUCUCUGUGCGGGGUAUACAGUAUCGUUCGUUCUCAGCUCACCGGAGAACCUUUCCGGGUUGUCACAGAUUACCGUCUGGUUCCGUUCCAUACCGCCGCUGGCCACUGUUGGCAGCGCGAAACCGCCUGUAACCGUAUGUCAGAUACCAAACACCCAGACCUCGAAUAA